CUUGAAGCUGGCUUCUUCAAUAUGAAAAUCGUAUUUGCUUUAUUUUGCUUUUUUCUGUUCUUGACUGGAGCAAAUAUGUCAACAACUUCAAAACCUACGGAGACAGCGGCCACGACUCGUCCACCUCCUAGCAUUAGGCCUAAAUGUAGCGAUCCAAACGCAAAUCGCACCGAAUGUGGUUGGCCCUGUCCAUCCACGUGUCAAAAGCAGUACGAAGGGUACUGCCUUACCAAGUGUUAUGUUGGUUGUGAAUGUAAUGCCAACUUUGCUUAUGACCAGAAAUCAAACAAAUGCGUUAGCGAGUGUCCCUGA